AUGAAUGCAGUCGCCGACGAUAAGCCAGCGGCCAAAUGCACAAGAAAGCCGAAGGAUGUGAAGGAGACAACUGAUACAGGAGUUAGUAGUCGUGGACCAAACAGUAAGCAGUUGGCGUGGUUGAGAGCAUGUCGAAAAGGCGACCUGGUCGAAUGUAAGAAACUUUUGGAAGAAAAUCCGGACUUGUUGCACUAUGUGCCUCCUCAUCAUCUGAACUACUCAGCUGUACAUAUAGCGACUUUAGGAAGACAUUAUGAACUAUUGCGAUUUCUCAAAAGUAAAAAAGCUAAUUUCAAUGCAACGACUAGGAUCGGAUAUACACCACUUCAUUUGGCUGCACAAAAUCAGGACCAAGAAACUGCGCGGUUGUUGAUAAGGGAAUUCGGUGUGGACUCACGAAUUCAUGAUCUUCUCGGGUACACUUAUGAGCAUUAUGCGGACUGGCUAGACUAUCCUGAGUACGAUGAGACUACGUCCCGGUUCAGUUAUCGCGAGUGUAAAAGUGAUAGUAAGAGUCGUAGUUUUGGAGCUUCCUUGCUAGCACCGUAUAAGGGUACAUUGAUAGGAGAUCUUGGUCCCGGCGGAGGUCGCAAAUCUUCCAUAAAUGUCGGAAUUCUAUAUCAUUGGGAUUUGGUUUCAGCACGUGGUUGGUUGACAUACGAACUUCUAGCUUCGUUUUUGGAUUAA